AUGGCCGCACGAGCAAACUAUCGGGCGUCGAUCCAGUUCCCCAGCGCGCAUAGCGACGGCAUCUGGUCCACGUUCUGGACGUCGAAUGACAAGAUUUUGACGGGAUCGGUCGACGAAGUCGCCAAAGCCUGGGACGUGACAGAGCAUGCCGUGUCCAUUUCGCAGCAGUAUCCAGGCCACGUGCUGGGUACGAUCUCGAUUGUGGGCAAUAAGGCGGGCACACGCGCCGUAACAAGCUCGCUGGACUGCCAGAUCCGCGUACUGAAUCUCUCGUCCGGUGCUAUUGAGAAAACGAUUGACGCCGGACCAGGGGAGCUCUGGCAAGUUGCCUACAGCCCUGACGAGACCAAGCUCGUAUCCGGCAGCCAGCAGGGCAAGAUCAACUUUUUUGACAUUGAGACUGGAAAAAUUGCACAGGCGGUACCGACGCAAGCCAAGUUUGUGCUGAGUGUUGCUUAUUCUCCAGACGGGAAGCAUGUUGCGUGCGGAGGCUUUGACGGUUUCGUCGGCGUGUAUGACGUUGAGACUGGAUCAUUGGUUCACAAGUACGAAGACCGCACAAAGCCGGUGCGCUCGGUCGCAUACUCGCCGGAUGGAAAACUGUUCGUGGCUUCCGAUGACAUGCACGUCAACGUCUACGACGUUGCGCAUGACAAUGCUGUUGCUACUCUAUCUGGCCAUGUCUCAUGGGUGCUGAGUGUGGCGUGCUCGCCCGAUGGUAGACAGUUUGCCACUGGCGGCGCGGAUCGACGUGUAAAGAUUUGGGACGUUGGCACAAGGCGCUGUUUGACCACUUUCGAGACGCACACAGAUCAGGUGUGGAGCGUCGCGUACAACUCAUCCGGUUCGCGAUUAGUUUCGGGUGGCGACGACGCGCUGUUGCAAGUGUACGAGACUGCCGUAUCUGGUUAG